AUGAUAAGACCUGGCCUGAUUUUCAGCAAAUUAAAGCCGGCACUUCGCAAUCUGGCGACUCUGGUCUGUUUGUGGUUUUCCAUUUUGGCCACAUUACUUACAGUGCUCCUCCUCCACCUGCCCAACGCUUCAUGCUCUUCCGUAUCCGGCCCACGGUAUUGUCUCCCUCAAUAUGAACUAAGGUUUCUAGAAGUGCCUGAGCGCAAUCAGGACAUAUUUUUAGGCGCCAAAGACCUUUUGACCCUACUAUCAUACGUCGCGGUAGACUUAAACAUGAAGGUUGAACCUGCCGCUUCUGCGGAUUAUGAUGACGUGAAUCUUGUGAACACUUUUAGCCCUUCUAAUGUGUUCAAGAUAAAUCAUCUAGGAUUCUGCAAAGACCAAACUUCGGUCACAAAGCUUCCUAAAUAUUGCAGUGUGAACCUCAAUGGACUUGAACCUAUUUCCAUGAUUGUGAGAGACGUGGGUGUUCAAUUUGGCAUAACUUCGGCGAGGAACCCGCGUAUUAUGGGAGAAUCAUUCGUUUACGCCUACAGGUUGGGCCUCAAUGCGUUGACGAAGGCCCGGGGUGAGCAAAACAUUUUUUUGAAGUACCUUCAGCCCGAAUCGACCCCUGGCGAACCUAGUGUGGCUACGCGCGACUAUAACCAGUGGCAGGGAGUUGCUGGGGGUUUGCUGCUGCUGCAGAAUUGUUGCUGGUCCAUCAGUUGGCUGGCUCUCAUAGAAUUUUCUAUCUGUGUUUUAGUCAUCGUAUCAACCCUUUUGACAGCUCCUAAGGUGCUGAGUGGUCGGAAUUAUAAGAACUGGACUACGGUCAAUACAAUUGGCCAUUUUGCCUUGAGAGUACUACCCAUCGUUGCGAUCAUCGUCAAUUUCUUGGGUGUAUUUAUCUCCGCCGUAAUCUACGUAUCUCUAGCGAGUGCUUCAGCAAAUUACGGAAUGUUGCACAGAGUUUUCGAUUUACAAGCGGGAAGUGGUUUCUACGUCGGGGUUGUCAGGUUACUACUUGAAUGUGUUCUGUUGUGGCAAGCUUUGACCUUCCAAAGGAUUUCUUUCAAGACAAAACAAAACUCAGCUUUAGUACCUUCGUCUAUCGAUAAUUUGCAAAAGAAGUACGAUACAGAUUCUAUCCUCUCUUCAGGUGCGACAGUGUGA